UUAUAGCAAAAUAAAAGGUUGCGAUACAAUCGCGCGCAAUUCUCGCCCGUCUGCGAUGAUCAGUAAUGACAAGUGACACGGUGUUCGGCGGUUCUCAUUCUUAUUGAAUUCCCUCCUCAUAGGCUGUGGUUUAGUUACACGAGACGGAAUCUCCGUAUUCUAACGAAGUUUAUUCAUUGAGUGUGUUUGAUGUCAACCCGCGCGGAAGAUCGUGAAGAGGCGAUCGAUGUCGCCGAUGGAUCGCUUCGUGACGGUGUCUUUAGCAUGUCGCGUUUCACCUUGAAAUGAUCUACGGGAGAGGAGGGUGAGGAAGAUUCGAUUCGGGAUCGGGAUCGGGAUCGACAUCGACAUCGACAUCGAGAUGAGUUCGAAUCCAAUCUCCGAACCGGCGCGAAUCCUCGCGCUGGUCGAACAACUGUGUGACCUACCGUACAUAGAAGUACAGCGGCGAUUGAACAAAUACGUACAAGAUGUGACAAAUGCAAAGCUAGUUUUUCUCAUAUCUGUACUAGUAGAAUCUGAAGAAAUGGUUAUCCAUGUGAUAGGUGAAGAAAUUUUGGAUAGAGAAUUCCGAUUUCUUAUAUCAAACAAUGUUUUAUACGAGGCUGUGAUAAAUAAAACAUCAUUAGCCCUGAGCGUUGCGAAGCUCGAUAAUGAAUUAUUGAGAUACAUUAAUAGAAUAACGAACGCAACGCCACAAUCUUUGUUGACAAUCCCGAUACAACAUCCUUUCAAGCAUUACACGGUUUUGCUUGUGUGCCUGGUAGAUUAUGUAGAUGGAGAUGAAGCUAGAAAUACUUGUACAGAGAUAGUUCAAGAAUGCUUUAGGUUUUGCCUCGGAUACUUGCUCAGUUCGUUACGUUGCUAUGAAGAAACACGUGUGAAGCAACAAUGUCAAGAUUUAUUAGCCGUUUCUAGGAAGCUUUUCACAUAUUUAGGAGAUUUUUCUGAUCUCCUGCGCGAGAUUAUGGCGGAAGCCAGAAAACUGACAAACGCGGAGAGAUGUUCUUUAUUCCUUUUGGAUCCUGAUGAACAAGAUUUGGUCGCCAAAGUGUUCGAUGGCAUUUCCACGGGAGAAUCUAUAAGCGAGAUGAGAAUACCUAUUGGACAAGGUAUAGCCGGUCAUGUUGCAACUACUGGUAAAUUACUUAAUAUUCGAGACGCUUAUAAUCAUCCCCUCUUUUAUCGCGGGAUAGAUGAAGCAACAGGAUUUAAAACAAGAAAUAUUUUGUGCUUUCCGAUACAGGACGAGAAAGGCAUUGUUGGAGUGGCUCAAUUGUGCAAUAAAAUAAACGGAUUAUAUUUUGAUGCCUUUGACGAACAAAUUGCAACAGCAUUCAGCAUCUAUUGCGGCAUAUCAAUAAUGCAUAGUAUCGUUUAUAAAAAAAUGCAAGAUGCUCAAGCUCGAAAUAAGCUCAGUAAUGAAAUAAUGAUGUAUCACAUGAAGGUGGAAGAAUCUGCUGUGCAGGCAUUGUUGAAUUGCAGGGAUGAUCAUAAUAUUAAAGAUUUCAACAAAUUCCAUUUUAGUCCGAGAAAUGUACCUUAUAAACAUAUACCUUGUUAUACCAUUAAAAUGUUUAUAGACUUAAAUUUCUUGAAGCAUUGGAAAAUCAAAAUGUCUACGCUUGCAAGAUUUAUACUGUAUGUCAAAAAGGGCUACAGAGACGCACCUUAUCACAAUUGGACACAUGCAUUUUCCGUGGCACACUUUGCAUAUCUGUUGAUAAAAAAUAUGCAACUUAUUGAGGAAAAUUACAUGACACCCUUACAGGCUUUGGUGUUCUUUGUAUCGUGUUUAUGUCAUGAUAUAGACCACAGAGGAACUAAUAAUUCAUUUCAAACUCAGUGCGGCACCGUACUAGCAAGUCUUUAUAGUUCAGAGGGAUCCGUUAUGGAGUACAUACAGAGACAUCAUCUUGCACAAACAAUGUGUAUUUUAAACACCGAUGGCUGCAAUAUAUUUGAAAGUUUGGACAGUAAUGAGUACAGCGAAGCUUUGGACUUAUUGAGGACCAAUAUACUUGCGACUGAUUUAGCUUCUCACUUUCGCAGCAUAAAGAACCAGGAAGAAAUGAUUCGUAAUGGUUACAACAAAGAUGAUUUGAAACAACGGAAGCUGUUACUCGAAAUGCUUAUGACAUGUUGUGAUCUUAGUGAUCAAACCAAAGAUUGGAAAGUUUCAAAGAAAACAGCGGAACAAAUAUUUGAUGAAUUCUUUUCGCAAGGAGAUCUGGAGAAAAGCAUGGGCAAUGCGCCAGUUGAAAUGAUGGACAGGGAACGUGCGUCGAUUCCCGAUCUCCAAAUACAAUUCAUUACUAAUUUGGUUAUUCCUGUCUUUACUAAUUUGUCGUUAUUGUUUCCAUCUGCACUGCCGCUAGUUUAUAUGCUGCAACAUAAUUGCUCACUAUGGGAAGCAGCUAAGACCGUAUUUCAAAAGUAUUCGACGAAUGGAACAAAAGGAAUAGAUAUUUUGCUUGAUUCUAACUUUGAAGAUGAGGUACUUAAAAUAUUUGCUCAAAGACAUGAAUGUUCUAUGAAAAAUCCUGAUGAGUACACAGGAAGUGGAGAGUGAAUCUCACUCGUAAAAUACAUCGUAAAAUAACAUUUAAGAACAAGCAAAGUUCAAUUUGGAAUUUCCAUAAAAGCUCCUAUAAUCAAACUGUAAGAAUAGUUCCAUUCAUAAUAAUGUAAUGAUAAAUCUUUAGCAACUGCACUUUAUUGUAGAAAAAUUCGAUUUUAUAGGUUAAUUUAUUUUUAUGAAGGUAUAUUUGAAUUUAAGCAAUCGCGAGAAAAUCAAAAUGUGAUUUUAAAAGCAAUGAGCUUAUUAUAUUUAAUGAGAAAAAUAGAUGUAAAUAAUACGCAUUUAAAUAAUUCUGAGAAAGACCAAAUGAUUAUUAGAUGUACAUUGUGCACUGCCAAUUUAAAUAAUUUGUGCUGCACAUUACACAACAUUGAUACAAUAUAAUUGUAUGAUGAAUUAAAAAAAUUUAUUUCAUAAUUCUCAGUUUAUUGAUGUGUAAUUGUACAAAAAAA